UGGCAGUCUUCUCUCGUGGAUUCAAACGAUCGGUUUUAUCCAACUUGUGUCUAUUUGUUCGAAAGAUUAUUCACUUUGUUUACAAUUAUUUCUUCUAAAAAAAAAAACAAUUUAAAAUACACACUGUGCUUUGUGUUUUAGUGUUGUAAUUUUCCCGCCAUUCUGCCGAAAUUAAAUGAUCGAGUGUUAGCGAAAAUUUAACAAGUAACAUUCUUUAUUGUUUUUAUUAUAGAUUUUUGGAGUAUUGAUACACGUGUCACGUGAAGUUUCACGAAAGUGUGGGUCCUAGGGGCCCUGUUUGGAUUUAAAUAAUUAUAUCGAUAAAAAUAAAGUAGUUAAGACGAUUAUUAAUAUAAAUACGAAUGGUGAACGACGUGAUGAGUGAGUACGAGCGGAUCAAGCGGGCGUGCUUGAAACGCGGUGAACUGUGGGAGGAUCCUGAAUUUCCGGCAACUCAGGCCUCAGUUUUCUAUCAUCAGACACCACCGUUUCAGUUUCAGUGGAAAAGACCAAAGGAACUAUGCAAUCGACCGAUUUUUGUCAGCGAUACACCCACGCAAUUCGACGUAAUACCUGGCAAAAUGGGUGACAAAUGGCUCGUUUCAUGUUUAGGAGUCCUCCAUCUGAGUAAAGGUUUAUUUUACCGAGUAGUACCAGCAGACCAGGGAUUCGGUAACUUCGGAGAAGCGUCUGGAUCACCGACAGCAGAGUAUGCGGGUGUCUUCCGCUUCCGUUUAUGGUGGUGCGGAGCAUGGGUAGAGGUGCUGGUUGAUGAUCGUCUACCAGCCGUUCACGGUCGGCUUGCCUUCAUCCAAAGCCGUCACAGCGACCAAUUCUGGCCGGCUUUAUUAGAAAAAGCAUAUGCAAAAUUACAUGGAUCGUAUGAAGCGCUAAAGUAUGGAACACUUUUGGACGGACUUUCUGAUCUCACUGGCGGUAUUACUGAAAGUAUUGCUAUACGUCAAGAUCCCACUGGAUGUGGCAGAGCACUUGCUAAGCUUCUUGAUAUGACUUCACUUAUUACUUGUACAGUUAAUAAUAACAACAAUAAUCAGCAACAGCAGCAGCAGCAGAUACGUACCAGCAAUGAAAAACUUGCUAAUGGAAUUCAAAUGGGGAUUAAUUACAGGCUUUAUGCAAUCGAGAGGGUAGAAACAUUUGGAGGUGAAGCAAUACAAUUAGUAAAAUUACGCAACCCACUGGGUCCUGGAGGUGAAUAUAUCGGCGCCUGGGCCCGCGGAAGUCUCGAAUGGGACGAAGUGCCGAUCAUCGAAAGAGAUCGUCUGGCAGUUCGGAAUAUGGCUGAAGGAGAAUUUUGGAUCUCGUACUCUGACUUCGUGAAGACAUUCACGCACUUGGAGGUUGUACAUUUGGAUGCCGAAACUUCAAGAGACGAGCCUUCGUUGCACAGUAAACACACAUGGCAAAUGAAACUGUACCAAGGUAGUUGGAGACGCGGAGUUACUGCAGGUGGAUGUAGGAAUAAUCAAGAAACAUUUCACAUAAAUCCACAAUUACACUUAAUUUUGAGCGAAAUGGAAGAAGUUAUUGUGUCCUUGAAUCAACAUUCAAUUAUGGAACCAAAGGUAAUUGGUUUUACGGCGUACACAUUGCCAAAGAGCAGCACAGAGUCAAUAAACAGACAAUUUUUCAAGAAAAAUAAGUCACUUGUCAAUUCGCAAUACACAAAUAGUCGACAAGUCAGUCACAGGUGUCUUCUUGAACAAGGUGGAUAUCUGCUUAUACCAACCACUUUUGAACCUGGACAAGAAACUAAUUUUACAUUAAGAGUUUACAGUAAUAAACCUCUUAAACUCAAAUUACUAGAUACCGUUCCGACGUUAAUAAAAUCAGCUAUUGUCAAGGCUCCAGCUUUAGAAGGCAAAGGAUUUUCACAGUACGAAGCAGUAUUUCUUCAGUUAGCAGAUGAACAUAAGACUGUUAAUGCAUUUGAGCUUCAAGAGUUGCUCGAAGCAUGUCUUCCAAAUGAUUAUAUUAAAAGCUGUGCUUCUAUGGAAGUUUGUCGACAAGUAGUACUUACAAUGGAUAACUCUGGUAGCGGCAGACUUGAAUUUAAUGACUUCAAAGAUCUAAUGUGUAGUUUGAAAUACUGGCAAGCAGCUUUUAAAAAUCAUACAAAAGAAAGAACUGGUAUUCUCAAGGCUGAAAGACUACGUGACGCUCUUAUAGAAGUUGGAUUCCAAUUAAAUACCGAAGUUUUAGCUGUUUUAAUUCUCAGAUACAUGAGAAAAGACGGAACUCUAAGAUUUGGUGAUUUUGUAUCAGCAAUUUUGCAUCUGAGUGAUGCAUUUGCUAUCUUUGAAGGAAAAGAUCCUUUACAAAAUGGCAGUAUAAAACUAAAUUUAUCUGAAUGGCUGAGAUCAUCUUUGAUGUGUUGAAAUUUUUCAA